GUAGCUGGUUAAUCCAGUCCACGGCGCCACAUGGACGCGUGGCUGCUUGUCAGCUGGGUCAAAGUGUUCUGGGGAGAAUCGAAGCACAAUUGGGUCAAUCACGUCGGCACCCAAAUUCUCGAGCGUUUUCAGUGCCAGUUGGCCAUGAUUCGCUGCAUCUUCAAUGCAAAGGACGUGUCGCUCCUUUGGUUAGGAACCCCCUUCCUCUCCAUCGGCUGAUCCUGUCCUUUCUCAGCUGGAGGCUGCCCGACCAUUUAGCGCCAGGGAUGAGGGUGUGGCUCAAUGGAUAACCAAAGUCCAAAUUUGCCUUCGCGAGCUGAUCAGCCUGCAAGUUUCCUCUACAAGCAUAAGGGGCGCCCGGACUACAUUCUCGACUUAGAACGCUUCGAAUGCUUUGUUCAUCAUGCCAAAGUGAGUGUGUGCCCCCGUCUAGGAAGCCGGCUCUCGGAGACCAACGCGAAUCAGACAACUUCACAACAAGCUUGGCCGGCCGAUCUCUUACUCGGAACAUAUACCAAUGGCGGAUGGUUCACAUUCGGAGCUCCAACUCCACCCCCUGCACCCCAGCCAUUUCAUCCCCUCUGUGUCGCAGCGCUCAGUUGUCACGAUGCACGUCUUGAGUCUUUUCCGGACGAAGGGUACGGGAUGGGCGGCAGUCGGCCUCGUUCGUCUUGCACCAGCGCAGUGCCUGCGAGCCCAGUUUUCGACGUGGAACUCUUUCCGAGUGGAGAGCAGUCGUAUCGGAGGCCGUGGACGCGCAAGUUUCUCACGUAUCGAUGCGUACCCCGUGCGGUGCAUCAUACGGCCCGUCAGGUUCUAGAUUAUGGGGGGGUACGAGAUCGACAACGAUCAACUCGCGAGCCAAAGUGCUGCCGCGCGCCGCCGAAGUCGCACAGCAAGCUGCCAGCGCGUCGCAGUGCUGCUGAUACCAUGAGUCUUUGGAGCUAAGCCAGGGCCUGCGCUCAGGCGCUUGUGCUUUGAGUGCAUAAAGAGUGGUAGUAUGGUUGUGCUUUGCUCUCAAGUGUCCCUGUCCUUGGGAAGAUGAAAAGGCAAAAGUGUGAGUCUGUCAGGGCGUCGGUGAAACCGGAGCCCUACCGACGAAAGGGGGAAGAAGAUGAAGGAAAAGAAAAGGCACUCACUCUAAUGCGCAGGCUGUCAUGCCGGCUUCCUAGCCAGACAGGCUUGAAAGUCAGGGAUCGCAG